ACAAAAUGCUAGCUUCAGAAUUUUGCUAGUCUCCAAUUGCACAAUUUGUGUUGAUACAGGUCAAGGUAGUUAUCAUGUCAUUGCCAUUGCUGUCUUUCCAGAAUCGACAUGACAAAUGCCACCAAGAGUCGCGCUGUCGGUCUGACCCUCGCUACCGGCCUAGCAGGGUCAUCAUCACCGACAGUGUGGCUGUGGAGAUGCUGAGGAAAUUCAUAACGCAGCAAGACAUCUACAGACAUGCCGAGGAUUACGUACUGUGCAAGGACACACUGUAUGUGGAGAGCUUUAACAACGCUUGUCUGCAAUAUGUAGACAAGCGUAUUGUGUUUGGUACCAUGAACUACACAACCAGGAUGGGCCUGGCCAUAUUGGACUGGAAUGAGAAUGUGGAUCGGGAAGCGACCUCUGUCUACAGCAGACAAACUGUGGCCAAUCCUCGGCAGAGGGCAGGCAGCAAGAACCUAAAGGCCAAGACGUACCGGUUCGUGCAGGAGAUCCAGAAGUGCUUCCUGGACACAGUGCGCUCCAGGAAUGGUCUGCCCGAGCCCCCCCGUCGGCAUCCUGCACAGGAAGAUGACGAGAACAUCCGUGACAGUGACUCAGGCACCGACUGUUCCUCGGAUGAGGACUAG